GGUGUUGUAGUGGAUGUGGUAGCCGAGGCCAGGGCCAGGUACGAGGUGGAGGCGCUUGUUGUUGUGGUGAAGGAACAACACACUGAGAGGCUCCCGAGGCAGAUGACGGCGUGAUGGAGGAAGAAGGAUCGGUGCAGCCCAUCCAGCAAGAUGAAUCUCUCGACGACGAGGAUUUUGCCAAGACAAUGGAGGUCGAAGAGGAAGACGGAGACAACUGUGAGGGGAACGACGCCAUAGAGGAAGUAGACUCUGAUGACCCUGGCUCAAAUGAUGGUCACUCUGAUGGUGAAGGGGGUCAGGAGGGCCAGGAGGGGGCUCCUGCCGAGGUCGCUUCACAGGAUAAGGUGAAAGACAAUGCAGACAAUGGUGCGGAAGAACCAGCAGACAACGCCAAGAGUGAUGAGAAAGAUAAAGAAGUGGAGAAGGGAGACGCCAAAAAAUCCAUUGAGAAAGAUGUGGGAAUCACGCAAUACGCUGGAGACCACAAAGGCUUCUUUGGCAUCAUUAAACAGAAGUAUUCUGACUUUUUGGUCAAUGAAGUGAACAGUGCAGGGGAGAUUGUGUGCAUCACAGAGCAGAUGGUCCCUCAUGAACCAGAGGAAAUCCCAGCUGAACCCCUGGAGCUGCCACCUGAACUUACACCAGAGAAGAUCAGUGAGUUGAACAGAUUGGUGGGGAUCAAGGAGCCAGUGAGACUCCCCCUGGUUCCUCCUCCUAAGAAAGACACUCAGGUAGAGGACAGCACAACUCUCUCUGAGAAGGGUGAGAAAAAGGAGGAAGAGAAACCUGAAGGUGAGAAGGAGGAGAAGCCUGAAGGUGAGGAGGAGGAGGAGAAGCCUGAAGGUGAGAAGGAGAAGGAGGAGAAGCCUGAAGGUGAGAAGGAGGAGGAGAAGCCUGAAGGUGAGAAGGAGGAGGAGGAAGAGUGUGAGGUCAAGAAGGAAGAAGGGGAGGAAGCGUCUGAACAAAAGGAGCAAGAGGAAAUGGAAGAUAAAGAAAAGAAAGAAGUCUUUAAUAAAGAUGUUAAAAAGGAAAAUGAUGACAUUGAGGAGAUGGAAGAGGAUGAUGAUGAUGAGGAUGAUGAUGGUGAUGAUGAAGGAAAAGAAAGCGAACAAACUAUUGUGAAGGAGGAGGAUGAACAGGAGGAAGAGGAGGCACCUGAAACUACAGAGGAAGCUGUAGAAACUAAGGAAGAGGAAAAGGAAGUGAAGAAAAUGAAGAAAGAAGAAGAGUCAAACAAUGGGGAUCAGACAGGAGUAAACAGAAGGAACACUCGGACUUUUAAUAAGAGAUCGGAUCCUGAUGCUCCGAAGGAGGUAAUGAUCGACGUAAACAACACAGAUAAGGAGGGACGGACGGCCAUUCAUCGUGCAGUCAAGGCCAAGUUCCGUGUGGUCGACAGCAUAUUCAAAGAGAUGAAGGAUGGUGGCCGGUACAUUGUUGUCAGAAAGAAAAAGGCUGGAAGUGUACGGCGUGAGAGGACCACGUGGCCCAAGUCUCAGAUGUACACCACGUUUGUCCUGUACAAAGAAAACAUUGACACAAUGGAAGCUAUCAACCACAUCGCCUGGAAGACUAGAGUAAAACCCAACAACUUCUCUUAUGCUGGAACUAAAGAUAAACGUGCCAAGUCCAGUCAGCUAGUGUCCGUGAGCCGAGUUGCUCCCCAUAAGCUGUGGCAUGCGACUAAAAAUCACAGAGGAAUCCAACUUGGCAACUUCCGCUUCAGACCCACGCCUCAAAAACUGGGUCAGCUCCGUGGAAAUCACUUCCGAGUCAUAUUAAGAGAGGUGAAGGGAGAGGAUGAAGUCAUAAAUUCAGCCAUCGAGUCCUUAAAGUCCACAGGUUUUAUUAAUUACUACGGAACACAGCGCUUCGGCACCUCAAACAUCCACACCCAUGUUAUUGGUCGGGAGCUUCUGAAGAGUAACUGGCAACAGGCUGUAAACCUCAUUCUUGCUCCACGUGAGAAUGACAUUCCAGAAGUCAACCGCUGCCGUACCACCUGGAAGGAGACUGGAGAUGCGGAAGCCGCCCUCAAGUCUCUGCCCAAACGCUGGGAAUCAUCCAUCGAAGCUCAGCUCCUGACUGGUCUUGUUCAGCUGCAGAGGAAUGACCUUGUAGGAGCUCUUGAUCGGAUUCCACGCAACACUCGGCUGCUUUACCUCCAUGCCUAUCAGAGUUACCUGUGGAACACUGUGGCUUCUCGGCGUAUUGAGAAGUAUGGCCUCAAAGUACUACCUGGAGACCUCGUGCGUCGGAAGGAGAACCGCGCCGAGGAAGAAGUGUCAUCAUCGAGCCUGAUGUCUUCUCCAGAAUUGCCAGUUUCAACACCAUUCAGUAAUGAAGGCUCCAAUUGUGAGAAAGUGGGGACUCACUGGUGGAAUGCUGAAGUAACAAAAGCUGUACAGGAAAAGAAGGAAGCCUAUUAUUUGAAAAUGCAGACGGAGGGUGUAAGUGAAGAGGAACAGAAAGAGCGCCAGAAGAGAUACCAAGAGGCAAAGCAGAAAGCAAAGAGGGUGGUAAGAGAAAGCAAGAGGAAGGCUGAAGAAGAGUUAGGCAAGUACUGGGCCAAGCUCCAAACUCUCCCUCCGGAAGCAGUCGAGGAUGAGAGUAACGACAGUCACAACUCAGACGGAGAGAAUGCCGACCAGGAGGCCAAGGCGGAGAUUGAGGGAGAGGAGGCCAAUGGUCACAAGAUACCUGAUCUUCACUUCUUGACAGAGGAGGAGGCCAAGACAGCAGAUAUUUUGGAUGUUUUGUUGCCACUGCCGGGUUACAAUGUGGAGUAUCCUGAUAAUGAGAUCAAGGAGUGGUACAAAGAACUCUUGGAGACUGAUGGCUUGUCCUUUUCUUCUCUCAAACACCGUGUCAAGUCCUAUGCAGUGGGCGGAGCUUACAGGCGACUGAUUGUCCGACCAACAAAUGUUAACGGUACGCUGUGUUACUACAAGGACUCCAGUAAACCACUCAUACAGUCAGACAUGGACAAGUUGAGAGAAGUUGAGGUUAAAGAUAAUAUUUUAACUGAAGGCCCGCAUAAAGCUGUAAUCCUAGAGAUGACUCUGCCUGCAUCUUCAUACGCCACGGUGGCGCUCCGGGAGUUGCUCAAGAUGGACACUUCCUCCCAGUUUCAGGCAACAUUAAAUCCCCAAACAAACUACACACACAGAAAUAGAGAUUUCAGUAGCAGACGAGGGAUGCCCCGGGGAAGAGGGGGACCGUGGCGAGGGCCAGACAGAAGAGGAGGUUGGGAGGAGAGAGGGUCGUGGAAACAUCAAGGAUUUCGAGGAUCUUGGCGGGGCCACGACAACAGUGGGUCUUCUUGGCGACAAGGAAGAGGUGGAGGUGGUGGUGGUGGCAGUGGCAGAGGGGGGUCCUUCAAGAGCAGAGGGGAUUAUGGUGAUUAUAGAGAUCAUGGGGACUAUGGAGGUUAUAGAGGGGGUCAGGAUUAUGGAUGGAACAGCAGCCGUGGCGGAGGACGGGGUGGCUAUGGUGGAGGUGGUGGAUGGGGCGGCCGGGGUGAGAAGAGAUCAAGAAGGGGAGGAGACAACUGGAAUGCUAAGAGGGGAAGGUAUUACUAGACACACUAUUUACCUGUUGUUCUUGGGUCGGGGUAAAACUAAACCUGCAGAAUUUAAACAUUUGGUGUCCAUAGGCUGUUGUGAAUGUCUGAUCACUAUGUGUAUUUCUGUGUUGCUCAUUUGAGGCAUUUGUAAGAGGCUACAUGUUCUAAAAUUCCACAUCAUUAAUGAUGCUCUAGGAUUAAUGAAUAGAAUUAUUUCUAUUUUUAUUUGUAAGUGCAAUUUUGACAUGGUGUGAAAUUUUUGUUUAAUAAUGGUGGGAUAGUGUCCUCUGCAUACCUGCCCAGGUUAAGUCCAUUUUGGUCUGGUCUUGAAGGAAUGAGACUACAUGUCCAGGCUCAGAUACACCAUAAGUAAUGUCUUUACAACUGUAAUUUUUUAUAUAUAUAUAUAUCUGUAGGAUGCACUAUUUCUCAUACCCAAUAUGAAUAGCCUAAAGGUUGAUUUUAGUAGAUUAAAAUUAUUUAGCAAAAGUUUGUUCUUUUGCUUUAAUCUGUUGCAUUUUCUGUGUGUUUAUGUAAAUGUAUAUAUGCUUUAUAUACAUACAUACACAUACAUGUGUACAUACGUGUAUAUUUCAAUCUACCGGUAAUGUGUUUGCCUCAGAGCAGAGAUUGUUACAUCUCUAUCAGAUACAUCAGUCACCAGACGUCACCAACUUAUACAUAAGACUUCAACGUGUUGGUUAUAAGUAAGUUGUCACUUGUUUGUUCUAACAAAAGUUACUGUUGCCUCAACCUUUUAUACAUAAAAAGGGUCGGGUGGGGGGUGGGUAGGGUAGAUACAGAAACAGGAAGGCAGAAUCAACUCUGUAAAACCCGGGAGAAAAUGUUAUUCACCAAUGCAUAUUAUUUUAUCAUUAUAAAACUUUGUGGCAGAUCACUUGCCUAGUGUUGUGAAUGUGCUGAGGAACAGAAGUGUCCAUAGGGUAAAAGCCAACUCCGUUCUCCUCUAUGGGCGACACGGGCCAGCAAUCUAUUAAUUACAGUUAAGGACUUAUAUAAGAACAUACAAACAUGUACACAUACAUUCAUUUAUACCUAUGUACAUAUACAUGCAUGUAUGCAUAUGUGUGUGUUUAUAUAAUUGUAAAUCAGUAUGCAAUCUGAAGAUUUUCAGCGGUACAGUACACAGCUGGCUAUAGAUAUAUUUUAAAUUGACAGAUCCUUAAGAAGACAGACAGUUUAUUACAAAAAGUUAAUUGUAUUCUUAUUGUAAUAGUGUACUUUUUAUGCAAGUAUUGAUUAUAUAAGAGACUAGUUUGGACUGAGAUGAUGAUAUACAGGUAUGUUCCUGAAUGUUUAAUUAGUAAGGAUUAAAGUCAUCACUUAUCUUUUACUGUCAGACUGUUAAGAAUAAUUUAAUAAAUGAUUCAAUAUG